UUAAAGGGUUGAAAGGGCAAAUCUGUUGUCAAACAUGGCUGCUCCCGUGGAUGACAUGUUUUCCCUGUGUGUGGACCCGUUUAAAGUCACCAGCACCGUGGAAGUCCAGUUUAUAGACAACAUAAAGGGUAAGGGUCUCUUUGCGAAAAGAAGCAUCAAGAAGGGAGAAACCAUUUUGAUUGAGCGGCCUCUGGUUUCUUCGCAGUUCCUGUGGAAUUCCUUGUAUAAAUAUAAAGCCUGUGAGUACUGCUUACGUGCUCUGGAGACUGCAGAAGAAAAUGCCCGGAGACUCUGCUGCAAUCCCGCCCUCAGCCUUCCCCAUCCUGAGCUCUGCCGCGUCCGGCCUGAGCUCCAUCAAGCCUGCCCUCAGUGCCAGGUGAUGUACUGCAGCAGUGAGUGUCGGCAGGCAGCUGCAGAUCAGUACCAUCGGGUUCUGUGUCUGGGUCCCUCUGAGGAAGAUCCAGAUCAUCCCAUCAACAAGCUUAAAGAUGCAUGGAGGAGUGUGCAUUAUCCCCCAGAGACGUCCAGCAUCAUGCUGAUGGCCAAAAUGGUCGCUGUGGUCAAACAGGCCAAAAAUAAAGCACACUGGCAGAAGCUGUUUUCUCACUUCUGCAGCCGGGCGGCGAACGAGGAGGAGGAGAUCGCCCAUAAGCUGCUGGGAGAGCAGUUCAGGGGGCAGCUGGGCUCGUUGCACAGCCUUUUUAAGGAAGCACUUUAUGAUGAGCAUCUCAGUCGGUGGUUUGUUCCUGAGGGUUUCCGCUCUCUGUUUGCGUUGGUGGGAACAAACGGCCAGGGCAUCGGCACCAGCUCUCUGAGUCAGUGGGUUCAUGCCUGUGAUGCACUGGAGCUUCCCGACCAGCAGAGGGAGCAACUCGACUCUUUUAUUGACCAGUUAUACAAGGACAUCGACAAAGCGAUGGGAGAGUUUCUGAACUGCGAGGGAUCUGGACUUUACCUGCUGCAAAGCUCCUGUAACCACAGCUGCAUCCCAAACGCGGAAGCGUCCUUCCCCGACAACAAUUUCCUGCUUCACCUCAAUGCCCUGAGUGACAUCAGCGCAGGAGAGGAGAUCUGCAUCAGUUAUUUGGAUUUCUGUCAGCGGGACAGGAGCCGACACAGCAGGCACAAGAUUCUGAGGGAAAACUACCUGUUUGUCUGCUCGUGUUCAAAGUGCACAUCCCAGAUGGACGAGCUGGACGUCACAUCUGAGGAGGAGGAAGAGGAGGGCGAAGCAGAGGGCGAAACAGAAGGGGACGAGAUGGAAGAUGAGAUGACAGAUGUUUGAUGAAAGACUCUGCCAUAUUGUUCUCAGCUUUUCCCGUCCCUCUGAAACACGAGGCCAAAAAGAAUAAAGACUAGUUCAGACUGUGAUCUGCAUGUCCAGAAGCGUGAAGUGACACAUUUCACUCUGUAUUUUAGAGAUCCGUAGUCAGAUUAUACAGAACUACAAGAGAGCAGUGGAAACGGUUUCUCUUAGUUGCUUUAACCCCCCAAAAAAUGUUAAAAUAGCUGUAAAUGUACCUCUUGAUGCUGCAUUUGUAGUUUUAUAUUUAUUUUUUCUUUGUUUGGUUAAAUCUUCUGCGAAUGAUUUGAUCAAACAUUGACAUGCUUAUAGAUCCAGCAAACGGUAAACAAAAUCAAUAUUCAAGAUGGAUUUCUCACAGUCAGCAGGUGGGCAGAAAAUGUUGUAGGGUUCAAAAGUCUUUAUUAAGCUCUCCUGUUUCAUGCUUUACUCAAGUAUUUUUGUAGCUUUUAAAGGAAAAUCUCACCUAAAAUUCAUAUUUUAGGUGUCUUUGUAAGAGAAUUAUGACUGUUAAAUGUAAUAAAACAAUAAGCAGAUAAAUGGUUACACUC